UUCAGCCCGAAUACGAGAUCCUAUGGUGUGAUUCGCAUGAAUCCAGUCGCCAUGGUGCAAGAUCUCAACGACCCGGAAGCCUUGUCCGCCGCGGAGGCCUUGCAAACCAAGGCGUACCUCAUAUAUAUUGAUCAUGAGUUGGAGCUUCCGUUCCCCAACAAACCAUGGUAUCGUUACGACGUCAGUGCCAUAGCGCCUACCCUGCGAGCGGAGAACACAGAGGAGGGAUACGCCGCGGACAUGUGCGUCCCCAUCUUUCCGAAUACGUCCCACCCUUUGGGGCGCACCCCUGUGCGCACGAAGCCGGUCUUCCCGUACAGCAAUUGCUAUCACUGGGCGGAGUUCAAGAUGGAGAUCCGUGUCCGCGCACGACCGGAACAGUUCGAUGAGCGAGAAGCCACCUCUUUGCCUUUCUCGGAGUUCAGACAGUUGGAAAGAUACUUGGGAGAGGACAGGCUGCGUAUGGGUGAGCUG